AUGGCGGAGUAUGUAGUCAGGCCGCUAAUAUCCAUGUUGAUGAACAAGGCAUCCAGCUACCUUCUGAAGCAGUACAAGGUGAUGGACGGCAUGGAGGAGCAGCGUGAGAUCCUGGACCGCAAGCUGCUGGCAAUCUUAGACAUCAUCGAAGAUGCGGAGAAAGGAGUUUCCCGACCUGGAGUGAGUGCUUGGCUUGAAGCAAUUAAGAAGGUGGCCUAUGAGGCAAACGAUGUCCUCGAUGAGUUUAAGUACGAGGCACUCCGACGAAACGCCAAGAAGAAGGGACACCUCAAGAAGCUUGGCUUUGAUAUCGUAAGCCUCUUCCCUGCUCACAGCCCCAUUGUAUUUCGUUACAGGAUGGGCAAGAAACUGUGCAGGAUUGUGCACAUCAUGGAGGUUCUUGUUGCAGAGAUGAAUGCCUUUGGAUUCAAACACAUGCAGCAAGCACCGCCAUCCAUGGAGUGGCGCAACACAGACUCCCUCAUAAUCGACUCCGAGAAGGAUAUUGUCAGCAGCUCUAGGAACGAAGAGAGGAAGAAGAUUGUGAGUAUGUUGGUUGAUCAAGCUAGCAAUGGGGAUCUCAGUGUCCUUCCCAUUGUUGGAAUGGGUGGCCUUGGCAAGACCACCUUUGCUCAGCUUGUCUACAAUGACCCUGCAAUUCAGGAGUAUUUCCAGCUCCAGAGGUGGUGUUGUGUGUCAGAUGAUUUUGAUGCUGCCAAGAUUGCAAGCAGCAUUUGUCAGACCAAUGAGAUCAAUUGUGAAAAAGUAUUCCGGAACCUUCAAAAAUAA